CUUCUCUCUCUCUCUCUCUCUGUCUCAGAGCCUUAGUGUGGCAUACUGGAUUGAGUUCACCCGUGAAGCUGCCCGCGCCCGUGCCACCCUGUGCAGCAAGAAGGAGAUUAUUAUGAUCAUCAAUCUCAGAUUAUAAUUUCUGGGCAGGAUAAGUGAGCCAACUCUAUCUCCAUUGGAAUAAUCGGAAUCAGAAUCGGAAUCAAGACUUGGAAUCGGACUAUUUGGAGUUCUGAUCUAAUUGGACUUGGGUUGGAGUCGGAUGUGCUGAGGAGGUGUGUUUGUGUAAAGAUGAGCUCGUCGUCUGCUGUGUGGUGUCUCGUGCUACUCGCUACCAGCCUCUCAGUUGGCCACGCGUUGCGCUGCUACCGCUGUCAUGGCUACAGCACAGUCAACUGUCAGAAUGAGCAGGAGUGCAGCUACGAAGACUCCUGUCUGUCCCUGAGCGAGAAAGGUGGCAAGACCAUCCGCCGCUGCAUCCGCUACACAGACUGUGACAACCUGCGUCUGACUCAGAUGUUCCCCUCAGUAGACGGCUUCAACUACCGCUGCUGCAGUAGCAACCUGUGCAACAGUGCCGCCCUGGGGGCCCGGAGUGCACCUGUGCUCCUCAUGGGGGCCCUCUCCCUCCUGCUCUGCUGCUGGCUACUGUGAGGCACUGUAAAAAAUGAAAAGUUCCCUGAAGAGCCCUCUGUUGGCCACUGUGGGGGAAACCCACACACAAAAAAACCUUUUCCGAGCAACCUAAAAGUUCACAGAAGAACCCAUAGAUGAUAAAUUGGUUCUUUGAAGGUUUUCUUGAAGCUUCCUCAGAGAACCAAGGAACCUUAAUUGCCCUUUGAAGGAUCUUCUAUUCUUCCACCUUGCGGUUCUUCCCAGAAAGUUAGCGGUUCCCCCACAGUGCUACUGAAGGCUCUUUGUGGAAUUUUUACUUUUUUUUACAGUUUGGAACACCGGAGCACUGGAACUAGCUCCUCAAUGGACGUCUGUGCUGCUAGAACAGAAUGCACUGAGUCAGUCGCCAUUGCGCUUUGGGCUCUCGGUGUUGCAUCAUGUGUGAUUGGCACUGAGGGUAGUGCAUGGUUGUAUCCUAAAUAUCCACUUGUUGACUGCUCCCUACGUUUUGAUCCCUACAUAGUGUCUUAUGUAAGGAAUGGGUUAACAUGUCUGAUUCAGCCCAAUACAUGUGCGAUUGGCCCUGAGCAUAGUCCAUUUGUGACUGCAGAGAUAUCUGUGUGGUGUCAUGCUAGGUCAUGACUUGGUAACAUUUUCUAUGAAGUUUGUAUGAAUUAAGACUAAACACAUUCAUAAAGGCUUAUGAGCUUAAUAAUAGUGGUUGAAACAAACGUUAAUAACUGUUUAUGCAUGCUCAUGACUGCACUCAUAAUUGUGCACUAUAUUAGCAUGCCUGUCACUUGAAUUGGAUUUAUGUGUAUAAAUAGUUACUUAAUGAUUCAUUAAUUAUUAUGAGCCUUUAUGAAUGUCUUUGUAAAUGUUUGGUCAUAAGGAUGAUUAUUAAACUUCGUGGAAAGUUUUACGUCCAUACCAUCUAUCUUAUUUCAAAGCUCAUAUUGUCAAAAGGAAAACUAACAUUGUUCAGUGAUUUCAAUAUUAUUGUAACUAUAUGCACCAUUGAUGAUAAUUUUAGCUUUUGUCAUAAGUUUAACAUGUGGGUUUUUUUCAGCACACCUCUGCUGGUAGGUGCACAGGAGAUGGCCCAUAGGUCACUCAUCAGAAAAUUUGAACACAGAUCAUUUCGCUAUUUGCAUUUCAGUCCUAGACCUUCAUCCAUCGGGUAAAUGUACCUGAUGAAGGCCUAGGACAGAAACGUUGUGUACGAAAGAAAACAGCGAAAUGAUCAGUGUGCAGACGUCCCCCCCCAAAUUGUCUGAUGAGCUAUUAUCAUAAGAACAUGGACUAUUUCUGAUAAUGAAGCCAUUUAAUUUCAUUAAAACAACUAACGCUGAAAAAUCGUAGCCAUUCAUGGUGUGGUACUGUUUGUUCAAGACAUUGUAAAUAACAGAAUAAAAAAAAGAUUAUUUGUAAGAACAAUUAUGUGGUGAUAUGUCUGCAUUCUCAUGACUAUAUAGCCUUCUAGCUGCACACAAUUCUCUGUGAUCUUGCAUUUACCCACUCAAUGUGAGUUCAAGUCAAUAUCGUUCCUCCAGUCGCUUCCUACGUCCUCCGGCCUCGUGCCCCUGUGUCGCCCCUCCUCCCUCCCCUGUAGGUAACAAAGAAGGAAUUAAAGCAAAACGGUGGACAUUUUUGGAAAUAAGAUUAUUUCAUAAUUAAAUGUUUGAGUUGUACCGUUCUCCUGUACUUUUACGUUCUCUGAGUAUGGCAGUGCAAAUUGAGAAUGAGGAGUCUCUACAACUGAAAUCCUUUUUGUGCAUUUUCCCAUAACAGAACUGCAUUUGACCAUUGAGAUCAUUUGGACAGACACAAACAGGCAGAGUCAGUCUGAAGAAGACUUCAAUGAUCGAAACGUACAAACCCCAACUCCGGUGAAGUU